AUGCACGAAGCUACAGAUUCAAAAUUCCAUCCACAGCUCUAUGAUUAUAUUGUCGUCGGAGGUGGCACCGCAGGGUGUCCGCUAGCAGCAACGCUCUCCCAAAAAUUUAGAGUCCUUUUGCUCGAGAGAGGAGGCUCGCCACUCAUCAAGGCCGGAGUCACUCCUGAUAACGGUGCCAGUUACGACUUCCAAGUCGGGACCCAGACCGGAGGAACGAUCUUUGAUGACCAGGGAACGCGGAGGCCGGCUUCAAAUUUACUCGUUUAUGCCAAUCCGCGCAACCUCGACAUCCUGCUGCAUGCACAAGUCGAGCUCAUUCUCUUCAGAGGUACACCAGGAAGUCCACAGUUACUUUUGUUGAGUGGAGUUGGGCCAGCAAACCAGCUGACGGCAAUGGGGAUCAAGGUAGUUUACAACUUGCCUGGAGUUGGAAAGCAAGUCAGUGACAAUCCAGCAGCCCUCGUAAACAUAGUCUCACCUUCGCCAGUGGAGUCGGCACUCGCGCAAGUCGUGGGGAUCACUGCACCGUUCGGGAAUUUUAUCGAAGCUGCCUGCGGUGUUGCCGUGACGGGAGUGCCAGGAGCUCGAGCCGGGAACAUAAUUGAGAAAGUCGCAGGGCCUUUGUCUUCCGGGACGCUCGUUCUGCAAUCCAAACACGUACGAGACAAUCCGUUAGUAACUUUCAACUACUUCCAACACCCUCGAGACUUGCAAGCUUGCAUUGCAGGGGUGAACACGAUCGAGGAGGUAAUACUCGCAAACUCUUUCAGGCCUUUUGUCUAUGAUAACCAGACUCUACCAUCGGGAGGGACUGUUGGAGCACCUAACAGGAGAAAUCCAGCUUUUGCCGCUACCAUAAACACCACCAUAGCCAACUACUGCAGAGAACACUUGACGACCAUAUGGCACUACCACGGUGGCUGCUUAGUUAACAGGUUGUGGACUCGGACUAUAGAGUUCUGGGAAUUAAAGGACUCAGAGUGGUGGAUGGCUCUACGUUCAAAUACUCGCCGGGAACAAUUCCGCAAGCUACGAUUUUGA